CGCAUUUCGGAAGUACCCCGGAGCCGUACGGAAGUUGGUGUAAGCAAGAUGGCGCUGGACGGGAUUGAUCAUAUGGAAAUGGAAGACUGCAAAGGAGGCACUGGACUCAGACAAUAUUAUCUUUCAAAAAUUGAAGAGCUUCAGCUGACUGUGAAUGACAAGAGUCAGAACCUUAGGCGUCUGCAGGCACAGAGAAAUGAGCUCAAUGCAAAAGUGCGUCUUCUGAGAGAGGAGUUGCAGUUGCUUCAAGAGCAGGGCUCCUAUGUUGGAGAGGUAGUGAGAGCCAUGGACAAGAAGAAGGUGUUAGUUAAGGUGCACCCAGAGGGCAAGUUCGUGGUGGAUGUGGACAAGAACAUCGACAUCAACGAUGUGACUCCGAACUGUCGUGUGGCCCUGCGUAAUGACAGCUACACACUCCACAAGAUCCUGCCCAACAAAGUGGAUCCACUGGUGUCUCUGAUGAUGGUGGAGAAGGUUCCCGACUCCACAUACGAGAUGAUUGGUGGGUUGGACAAACAGAUCAAGGAGAUCAAAGAAGUGAUCGAGCUGCCAGUCAAGCACCCAGAGCUCUUUGAGGCUCUCGGAAUCGCUCAGCCCAAGGGUGUGCUGCUGUAUGGUCCCCCGGGCACUGGGAAGACUCUGCUGGCCCGAGCAGUGGCCCACCACACUGAUUGCACCUUCAUCAGGGUCUCUGGCUCGGAGUUGGUGCAGAAGUUCAUCGGAGAGGGGGCACGUAUGGUGCGUGAGCUCUUCGUCAUGGCCCGGGAGCAUGCUCCGUCCAUCAUCUUCAUGGACGAGAUCGACUCCAUCGGCUCGUCCCGUCUGGAAGGGGGCUCGGGGGGUGACAGCGAGGUGCAGAGGACCAUGUUGGAGCUGCUCAACCAGCUGGAUGGCUUCGAGGCCACAAAGAACAUCAAGGUCAUCAUGGCCACCAAUCGUAUCGACAUCCUGGAUUCUGCCCUGCUCAGGCCUGGCCGUAUUGACAGGAAGAUUGAGUUCCCUCCUCCCAAUGAAGAGGCCCGUUUGGAUAUCCUGAAGAUCCAUUCCCGCAAGAUGAACCUGACCCGCGGGAUCAACCUGCGCAAGAUUGCUGAGCUGAUGCCAGGAGCAUCGGGGGCAGAGGUCAAGGGCGUGUGCACGGAGUCAGGGAUGUAUGCCCUCAGAGAAAGGAGAGUGCACGUUACGCAGGAGGAUUUCGAAAUGGCCGUUGCCAAGGUGAUGCAGAAAGACAGUGAGAAGAACAUGUCCAUCAAGAAGCUCUGGAAGUAGAACGCCAGGGGUGUCCAACCCAAUGGUGUCCAGGUCUCAGCCACAUAUGUAUAUUGUUUUUUUUUUCCUGUUUGCUUUAGGUUUGGUUUGUAACUGUUUCUCAGAUUUAAUUAUCAAUAAAUGGUGUCUGCCACCGAACCUCUUAAA